AUGCGUGCCAACAAAGAUAUUCCUGCCAAACUUAACAGUCAAUUUGGCCCAGACUUUGAAAGGACUUGCUCAGCUUCUUCAAGCUCAGAAGCUAUUGUAUCAGACUCGGCUACUCAAUCUGAUGACAACAAUGAUGAUGAUGAUAAUGCUGAUGAUAAUGAUGCUGAUGAUGUUGUUCAUAAUGAUGCUGAUGAUGAUGCUAAUGAUGAAAAUGAUUUUGACAAUAUCUUUGACGACAGUCAAAAUCAGCAUGAUGAUCAGGAUGAUCUUGAUCACCAUGAGGGGAAGAACAAGAGGCACAGGUUGGCUGAGACAUCAAGGGGUGAUGAAGGUGUUUCAGAAGAUGAUAACUCUGAGGAGCAUCGAGAACAAAGUCCGGUUCAAGCUGCCUUGAGUUAA